AUCGUUGUCUGGGUCUGUUGUUACUUCCAUGGCUCAGUUAGAUUUUUGUACAUUGGAUCUAUCAUUUUUGGCGCCGAAUUGUUUUUUCGUCAUGCUAGAUAGGUGCUCCGCACGGGCCGCUUGCGCGAAGCUAGCAGCACUAGAACCAUGUCACGUGCGUGUGCAAGGGGGAUUGUUUUCUUUUCCGGGGAGGAAUAAUUGUUUUUCCAUUUUCGGUGCAUGCAUAGUUGCUAAAUAUGGUAACCAGUGAGGCUCUCCGCUUAGCACUAAGUGGAGAGGGCUCUCCACGUAGUUUACCCCUCGUUCGGCCAUUUCAGUUGUUUGUGGGGGCAAUUCCCUCAAUACCAUUAAAAUUUUAGCCAAUUUUUUAAUUGCUAUUGACUCCACAUGUCAGACUCAAAAAAAAUCCUUUCAAUGCCAUUUAGUGACAUUUAAGAGAUUUGGCGAAAAUUUUAAUGACAUUCAGAGAAUUAACUCUUGUUUGUGUUGUGUCGUGAGCGGCUUAGGCUCAGCGCUACCAACCAGGCCCUCGUGGAGUUGAGUGUCGGCCUAGCCAAAUUGGUUGAUCCAGCCCACCAGCCCAUAAAAAUUGGCCCACAAGCCCAGCCACGCCUACACGCCGAACAAAAGGCCCACGCUCGCAACCCGCUUUGUGGCGGCCGACGCAUCUCACCGUACUGACUACUGAGCGGGCUCCCAAGCUUCCCAAACCAUGGCGGCGGCGAACCUGCUCUCGCGCUCCCUCCUCCCCGCCCUAAACCCUAGCCCGUCCGCCCGCCGGAACCGCGGCAGCGCCGCCGCCGCCGCCUCCUUCCCCCGGCCCCGCUGUCUCCACGGCCGCCUGUCCUCCGUGCGCGCCUCCGUCUCCACGGCCACCCCUUCCCCGCCGCCGCAGCCUGCGGCGGCGGCGGCGGCGGCGGCGGCGGCCGCGCCGAAGCACUGCUUCAGCCGCGGCGCCGACGGGUACCUGUACUGCGAGGGGGUUCGGGUGGAGGACGCGAUGGCGGCGGCGGCGCGGAGCCCCUUCUACCUCUACAGCAAGCCGCAGGUCCUCCGCAACUUCGCCGCCUACCGCGAGGCACUGCAGGGGCUCCGCUCCGUCGUGGGGUACGCCGUCAAGGCCAACAACAACCUCCCCGUGCUGCGCCUCCUGCGCGAGCUCGGCUGCGGCGCCGUGCUCGUCAGUGGCAACGAGCUCCGCCUCGCGCUCCAAGCGGGUUUCGAACCGACCAGGUGUAUAUUUAACGGAAAUGGGAAGACAUUGGAAGAUCUCAUGUUAGCUGCUGAGAGCGGGGUAUUUGUAAAUGUGGACAGCGAAUUUGAUUUGGAGAAUAUUGUCAGAGCUGCAAGGGCUACAGGAAAGAGAGUGCCUGUUUUGCUUAGAAUAAAUCCAGAUGUGGAUCCGCAGGUACAUCCGUAUGUUGCCACUGGAAAUAAAACAUCCAAAUUCGGGAUCCGCAAUGAGAAAUUGCAAUGGUUUCUGGACUCUAUCAAGUCAUACUCGAAUGAUAUGAAGUUGGUUGGUGUUCAUUGUCAUCUGGGGUCUACUAUUACAAAGGUUGAUAUAUUCAGAGAUGCUGCAGUUCUUAUGGUAAAUUUUGUUGAUGAAAUUCGAGCACAAGGUUUUGAGUUGGAGUACCUGAACAUCGGAGGUGGUUUGGGAAUAGAUUACCACCACACCGAUGCAGUCUUGCCUACACCUAUGGAUCUCAUCAACACUGUGCGAGAAUUAGUUCUCUCUCGAGAUCUUACUCUUAUCAUUGAACCUGGAAGAUCCUUGAUUGCUAAUACUUGCUGCUUCGUCAAUAGAGUAACUGGUGUUAAAUCUAACGGUACAAAGAAUUUUAUUGUUGUUGAUGGCAGCAUGGCAGAACUCAUCAGACCUAGUCUGUAUGGAGCAUACCAGCAUAUCGAACUGGUCUCUCCCCCCUCUCCUGGUGCCGAAGUAGCUACCUUUGAUAUUGUCGGACCAGUUUGUGAGUCUGCAGAUUUCCUUGGAAAAGAUAGGGAGCUUCCAACACCUGAUGAGGGAGCUGGACUGGUUGUUCAUGAUGCAGGUGCCUACUGCAUGAGCAUGGCUUCCACCUACAACCUGAAGUUGAGACCGCCAGAGUACUGGGUGGAAGAGGACGGUUCUAUCGUAAAGAUCAGACAUCAAGAGAAGCUUGAUGACUACAUGAAGUUCUUUGAUGGUCUUCCAGCUUAGACAUUUAUCUGCAACUGCGACAAGCACACGUUUUCUUGGGGGAUAAUUAGACUUUCUUGCCAAGUUUAUUUUACUUGUGGUUGUAGUGGAAUGUGUGACUAGAUAAUUAAUUUGGUUUGUUUGUGUAUCCUCCAGAUUUUCUGUGAUGUGCAAGUCUUAGGCACCAAAUUUGUAAUAUACUGCUAUUUAGAGCCAGAAGUUAUUACCUGGAUAAAAAGGCACAGUGAAUAAGUCUGCCGCCCGAAUGCAUGCAAAGUCUUGGACGAUGAAUAGAUAUAAGCUUAUGCUUGGCUCAA